AAUUUUGAUACUAGGCUGGACAAAUUACUUGAUCGCAUGGGAUUAAAAGAGUAUUUUGCUUUUGCUGUAGCAUCCUACAAUGAAGGAGCAGAAAAACCAGACAGGCGCUUAUUUAACCGAGCAUUAUUUCUAUCUCGUCUCCCUGGUAUUAAAGCUAAAGACGCACUGCACAUAGGUCGCCAAGCAACGGCUGAUUACCAUGGAGCACGCGAAGCAGGCUGGAGUUCCAUUAUUGUUUCAGACUGGACCCCUGAAAAAAUAAUAGAACGAUAUCCAAGCGUUCAAAGAAAUCAUAUCUUUCCCAAUUUGGACGAACUUAGAAAGAAGUGGGCGCAAGGUGCAGUAAAAUGGUGAUCCAUCGCACGUAUUUUUAAUAUGUUGCAAUAAUAUACAAUAAAAUUAAAGCAGCCA